CCUCCCCUCACACCAUCGCUUGCACCAUCUCUCUCCAGAUUUUUCAAAGGUCCAACCUUUCAGUGUUAUUUUCUUCUUCUAUAGGGUUCAAAUACCUCACAUUUCUGCGUCAGAUUCGUCCGAUUUCAUUUCGUAUCGACCCGUGUUGAUAUAGUAUUCAACACUUGGCCAGAUUCAUUGGAAACCCACAAAAAGAUCGGGACUUUUCUUCGUUUCCGCUCUUGAAAACCAUGGAUCCAUCAUAUCGAGCCAUAAAAGAGGAGUUUCCAGGAAUCAAUAACUCAUCAUCAUCAUCAUCAUCAUCAUCAUCACCAUAUUCGUCUUCCACUUUCAUCUACUCAACCAUGGCCGCCAAUUCGAGCUCUCCUCAACCAAUGGAGGGUCUUCGCGAAUCUGGGCCACCGCCUUUUCUGACAAAGACAUACGAUAUAGUUGAAGAUUCAAGAACUAAUCACAUCGUGUCUUGGAGCAAACACAGCAACAGCUUCGUUGUCUGGGACCCACAGGCCUUUGCAAUGAGUCUCCUCCCCAGACACUUCAAGCACAGUAACUUCUCCAGCUUCGUCAGACAGCUCAAUACCUAUGGUUUCAGAAAGGUCAAUCCUGAUCGGUGGGAGUUUGCAAAUGAGGGGUUUCUAAGGGGGCAAAAGCAUCUCCUCAAGUCCAUUAGGAGAAGAAAGUGUAACAAUCAACAGCAGACACCACAACAACAAUCUCUAGAUUCUUGCGUUGAAGUUGGAAGGUUCGGUCUUGAUGGAGAGAUAGAUCGGCUAAGGCGUGACAAACAAGCGCUCAUGAUGGAGCUCGUGAGGCUGAGACAACAGCAACAGAACACCAAAUCUUAUCUGACGUUAAUGGAGGAGAAACUCAAGAAGACGGAGACGAAACAGCAACAGAUGAUGAGUUUCCUUGCACGGGCGAUGCAGAAUCCCGAAUUCGUGCAACAACUUGUCCAUCAAAAGGACAAGAGGAAGGAGCUAGAAGAGGCGAUCAACAAGAAGAGAAGAAGGCCGAUCGACCGAGGGACGAGCAAUGUCAUCGAUGUGGUGGGUGAUGGUGAUAAUGAUCAUGGCCAUGCUGAUGCAUACCUUGAUGACAUCAAACAAGAAACAUACCAAGACAUGUCUGAAUUCGGCGUGUUAGAAUUGGACAGACUUGCUAUGGACAUCCAAGGACAUGGAGACAACACAAAGGAAGAGUGCUGUGUGAAUGUGGAAGAAGAAGAAGAAGAAGAUGAAGGGUUUUGGGAGGAUUUGUUAAAUGAAUAUCAUAUUAAUAUUCAAGAAGAUUUGGGGAUUUUGGGAGGUGAAGAGGAGAAUGUUGAUGAUUUGGUAGAGCAAUUAGGCUGCUUGGGUUCAAUUCCUCGCUAAUUAUGGGAAGAAGAAUUGUUUGAUGAGGAGAUGAUUAAUUUAAUAGUUUGGUUUAAUUUGCUCUUAAUUUGCUUAUUUUGUUCAAUGUCCCUAAUUAAUGGGCAUUAAUCUUGGACUCAUUAAGGUUAU